AUGACCUCCAACAGAAUUCGAAUCCCUCGCGUUGCCAUGGGCUGCAGCACACGCCACAAAGGGCCGAACGUCAAGGGAGCAGACGGAAUAUUAGGGCUCGGCCAGGGAUCGAUUUCCUUCCCCUCUCAAAUCGGUCACUUGUACGGCGACAAAUUUUCAUACUGCUUCCCUAGCCAUGGCAAUAGCACCUCCUCUACCUCUACCUACCUUGUCUUCAGCGACCGCAGCCUGGACCAUCUCAAAUCUGAUCUGGGAUACACUCCCUUUCUGAAAAAUCCGCCAGGCGCCCCUGACACUUUUUACUACAUCGGCAUCGAAGGCAUCAAAAUAAACGGCAAACGCCUACCUAUUCCGCGCAGCAUCUGGCUUGUCGACCGCCUCGGCAGCGGCGGAAGCAUCGUGGACUUUGGCACAACCCUAACCUACCUUCUCCAGCCCAGCUAUGGAAUCCUCCUUGCCGCCUUUGAACGACUGGUGAUUUACCCUCGCAUCUCCCUCGAUCCCUUCGAUCUCUGCUUCAAUUCCUUCGGCCUUGAAAAUCUUCGCCUGCCUGAAUUUUCAAUCGAAUUCGCCGGCAGCGCAUCCUUCCGCCCUCCCGUCGACAACUACUUCAUCCACGCUGCACCGAAAAUCAGAUGCCUCGGAAUUGUCAGCGUGCCGCCUCUGUUCGGUGUCAACUUGAUUGGAAACAUGAUGCAUCAGAAUUUUUUCAUCGAGUUCGACCGCAGAAACUCCAGAUUCGGAUUCGCGCGGACGAAUUGAUCUAAGGAUUAAGAAAUUCUGUGCAUUUGUGAUGAUGCAGUCAUUGAAUCAAUGAAUUUAGACCAGAAGUCUUAGGGAUCAAGAUUCUGUGCAUUUGUGAUAAUUCAGUUACUGAUUGAAGGAAUUUAGACCGGCAGUCUCAGGGAUCAAGAUUCCCAUCUUUAACCAUCUUGUGACUAAAGAAAUUUGUGUGUAUAGGAAAAAUCAUUAUUUUGUUUUGCACUCAUAAUUUGGGCAAGGUACAACAAUU